AUGGUGAGUCAAUAUCCCAUGAAAAGAUGUAUGGUGUCCUUGGAGAACGAAAACGUCCAGAAUGUGCACAAUGAACAAAUUGACAAUGAGAAGAAGCUUAUUCAAAGGGAGCUAAUGGAAGAGGAAAAGAGGAUUAGGAAAGAGCAAGAGGCUGCCAGUGCAAGAUCGGUUGAUGUUGACAAAAGUGUUGCUUCUUUAAGCUCAAUCCAUGGUGAGAAAGUUGAGGUAGAAGCUGAACUCGAAGAAGAGAAAGAUAAGAUUCUAGGUGAUGGACUUACUCUAGUCACUUGUGAAGAGUAUGCACAAGUUUUGAUUUCCUCUCAAGAAGAACCAGGACUUAAAAUAGAAGAUGAAGAGAAGGUGCUACCUAUCACCAACAUGAUAAUGAACUUUGAUCAUGAUGAGAUAAAUUUAAAGGAGGGUCCAAAACAGUCACUUAUUGAAGAAGAUACAGAUCAUGUUGAGUUGACCAUUGAAGAUGGAAUUCUACCAAAGGAUGUCUAUGACAAUGAAGAUAUGGAGAUGAAGGGAAAUGUUCUACAAGUUCAAGACAAGUUUUUUCCCUAUUGA